CUCUCACCUUGGCAGCCAGGCUGACAAAGGGCUCCAGGGUCCCUGCAGAAUGACAACUCUUGUUCCUGCAACCCUCUCCUUACUUCUCCUCUGGACCCUGCCAGGGCAGGUCCUCCUCAGAGUGGCCUUGGCAAAAGAGGAAGUCAAAUCUGGGACCAAGGGACCUCAGCCCAUGUCCCCCUCUGAUUUUCUGGACAAGCUUAUGGGGCGAACAUCUGGAUAUGAUGCUCGAAUUCGACCCAAUUUUAAAGGCCCACCUGUGAACGUGACUUGCAACAUCUUCAUCAACAGUUUUGGCUCUGUCACUGAGACUACUAUGGACUAUCGGGUGAAUGUCUUCUUGCGGCAGCAGUGGAAUGAUCUGCGCCUAGCCUACCAAGAAUAUCCUGAUGACUCUUUGGACCUUGAUCCCUCUAUGCUGGAUUCUAUCUGGAAGCCAGACCUAUUCUUUGCCAAUGAGAAAGGGGCCAGCUUCCAUGAGGUGACCACAGACAAUAAGUUACUACGCAUCUUCAAGAAUGGGAAUGUGCUCUACAGCAUCAGGCUGACCCUCAUUUUGUCUUGCCCAAUGGACCUCAAGAACUUCCCCAUGGACAUCCAGACAUGCACCAUGCAGCUGGAGAGCUUUGGCUACACCAUGAAUGACCUCGUGUUUGAGUGGCUGGAAGAUGCUCCUGCUGUCCAAGUGGCUGAGGGGCUGACUCUGCCCCAGUUUAUCUUGCGAGAUGAGAAGGAUCUAGGCUACUGUACCAAGCACUACAACACAGGAAAAUUCACCUGCAUUGAGGUAAAGUUUCACCUGGAGCGGCAGAUGGGCUACUAUCUGAUUCAGAUGUACAUCCCCAGCCUACUCAUCGUCAUCCUGUCCUGGGUCUCCUUCUGGAUCAACAUGGAUGCCGCCCCUGCCCGUGUGGGCCUAGGCAUCACCACUGUGCUCACCAUGACAACUCAGAGCUCUGGCUCCCGGGCCUCUUUGCCUAAGGUGUCCUAUGUGAAGGCAAUCGACAUCUGGAUGGCUGUGUGCCUGCUCUUCGUGUUCGCUGCACUACUGGAGUAUGCUGCUGUCAAUUUUGUAUCUCGUCAGCAUAAGGAAUUCAUACGACUCCGAAGAAGGCAGAGGCGCCAAAACAUGGAGGAAGAUAUCAUCCAAGAAAGUCGCUUCUAUUUCCGUGGCUAUGACCUGGGCCACUGUUUGCAGGCAAGGGAUGGAGGUCCUGGGGAAAGUUCUGGCAUUUAUAAUCCCCAACCUCCAGCCCCUUUUCUAAGGGAAGGAGAAACCACACGGAAACUCUAUGUGGACCAGGCCAAGAGGAUUGACACCAUCUCUCGAGCUGUCUUCCCCUUCACUUUCCUCAUCUUCAACAUCUUCUACUGGGUUGUCUAUAAAUUGCUACGGUCAGAAGAUAUUCACCAGGCACUGUGAAUAGGGUGAGAGCUAGAAAGUCCAGCUCUUGACUUCCUGCUUCCUCCUGGGUGGGCCUCACCCCUCCAUUAGAUUCCAUCAGGGGCUUAGAAAAUUCAUUUCUGAUCUCCCACUCAGAACCUCAGUGGCCAAUCCCAAAGCUAUGUGGGUCUACACUGCAUGGUGCCAGUGGUGGCUAUACUUAGAAAGAUGGCUUCUCUGUUCUAAUCCAAUUUUUCUCCAUGUUAUCCCAUUUCUCAUGAGAAUAAGA